GCUUGUGAUCGUCCUGGCGGGUGGAGGUCGGGGAGCGGCCGGAGUUGUGGCCAUGUUCUCGGGUGAAGAUUUCUGGAUCGCCUUGUGAAGAGGUCUCCCCGGGAGGGCAUUGCCCAGUCGGAGAGAGGAAUGGACGACCCGAAGCCCUCUGGUGAAGAUAAAGAUUCAGAGCCGGCAGCUGAUGGGCCUGAAGCCUCCGAAAAAUCAGGCCCCACUGAGCCAGACCCCCCCAACCCACCUUUGGGGGAUGCCUCUGUCCACAGCCCAGGGAGUUCCAAGUCCCAGGACCCUCCUCAGGAUUGCAGCAAGGGCCCACUUCGGCGCUGUGCCUUCUGUAACUGUGGGGAAUGGAGUCUUCAUGGGCAGCGGGAGCUUCGGUGCUUUGAACUUCCACCAGACUGGCCCCAGGGUUCAGCAAGGCCACCUGAGGGGCCUGGACUUGGAGAGGCAGUGCCACUCGAUGAUUUGUCCCAGAUUGGCUUCCCUGAGGGAAUGACACCUGCCCAUUUGGGAAAGCCUGGUGAACUCUGCUGGGCUCAUCACUGGUGUGCAGCAUGGUCAGUGGGAGGACAGGGCCAAGAUGGGCUGGAGUUGCACGGAGUGGACAAGGCCAUCUUCUCAGGGAUCUCUCAGCGCUGCUCUCAUUGCACCAGGCUGGGAGCCUCCAUUCCCUGCCGAUCGCCUGGAUGCCCACGGCUCUACCACUUCCCCUGUGCUGCCGCCAGUGGUUCCUUCCAGUCUAUGAAGACCUUGCAGCUGUUGUGUUUGGAGCAUGGCGAGGAGGCUGAGCAUCUAGAGGAUGCCCAUUGUGUAGUAUGUGAUGGGCUGGGUGAACUUCGAGACCUUCUCUUCUGUACCAGCUGUGGGCAGCACUAUCACGGGGCCUGUCUGGACACUGCUCUAACUGCACGAAAACGUGCCGGUUGGCAAUGCCCGGAUUGCAAAGUGUGCCAAACCUGCAGGCAGCCUGGGGAGGAUUCUAUGAUGCUAGUCUGUGAGGCGUGUGAUAAGGGCUACCACACCUUCUGCCUGAAGCCAGCUAUUCAGAGUCUACCCCCUGAUUCAUGGAAGUGCAAGACGUGCCGGGUGUGCCGAGCCUGUGGGGCAUGCCCAGCAGAGCUGGAUCCCAACUGCCAGUGGUAUGAGAAUUACUCGUUGUGUGAGCGGUGCCAGCGGCAGCAGAACACCCAGGGUGGAAGGAUGGGAAGCUCUGAUACUGAACAGAGUCUCCCUGUCUGCAACAAAUAUCCUCAAUCAGAGCUUGGCAUCACCUCUCUUGGUACCCCUGAUGAUUUUGAUAGUGCAUGCCAGGAACAGUUGGAGGGGGAGAAGGAAGCCUGCAGGAAGUCUGAGGAACCAGGGCCAUUGCAUUGUGAAGCCAAACCACUAGGGCAAGCAGGGACCCAAGAUGAGUCGCUACCUGAGGUCCUCUCCCCACCUGAGGUUGCCCCCCUUGAUGAAGAGAUGCCACUGGAGCCCCUGUUACUACCUGAGGAGCCACUCCUGUCACCUCAGCUACCACCAACAGAUCCUCCUCCUCCUCCACUCUCUCCUGCCACUGCUGUAGCCCCACCAUCCUUGUCUCCCUUGGGGGAGCAAGAGGAGCUCCCUGAUGCCAAAGGGGACAGUGAGCCAGGAACCCCACCAGAGGUCCCUAUCCUAGACACACCCAUCAGCCCCCCUCCAGAAGCCAGCUGCUUUGAACCAGAACCCAUAGCUCCUAUAGACUUGACCCCUUCUCCAGCCUCCCCCGAAGAACUGGGAGAACUGAAUUCUCCCAUCCCUCUAGAGCCCCCUCCUCCACAGUGUUCCCCUCUACCAUUAGCCCCUUCUCCCUUGGGCUUCAUGGAGAAGGCACCAAAAGUCCUAGAUGAGACUGAGUCUCAGGAGAUGGAGACAGAGCCAGAGUGCCCAGCUUUGGAGCCUAGUGGGAUCAGCCCCCCAGCCUGUCCCACAGGAGACCUCUCCUGUCCUGCCCCUAGCCCUGCCCCAAGCCCUGCCCCGGCCUUGGAUGUCUUUUCUAAUCUGGUUGAGGACACAAUCUGUCUUGAUGAGACAGAGGCUACUGGUCCAGUGCCAGAGGCUGGACAGACCUCUGGCAGUUCAGGCAGUGAUCCUAAAGGCUCCCCCUUGCUCCUUGAUCCUGAGGAGCUGGCCCCUGUGACCCCUAUGGAGGUCUAUGGUUCUGAUGGUAAGCAGGCUGGGCAGAGCUCACCUUGUGAAGAUCCUGAGGAGCCAGUUGCCCCACCAGUGCAUACCCCUCCUACUCUCAUCAAGUCUGACAUUGUCAAUGAGAUCUCCAACCUGAGCCAAGGUGAUGCCAGUGCCAGCUUCCCAGGCUCCGAGCCUCUGCUGGGCUCCCCAGACCCUGAGGGGGGUGGAUCACUCUCCAUGGAGCUAGGUGUGUCCACUGACGUCAGCCCUGCACGGGAUGAGGGCUCCUUUCGGCUCUGUACUGAUUCACUGCCUGAGACUGAUGACUCCUUACUUUGUGAUUCUGGAGCAACUGGAGCUGGUGGCAAGGCUGAGGGUGAUAAGGGGAGACGGCGAAGCUCCCCCGCCCGUUCCCGUAUCAAACAGGGCCGUAGCAGUAGCUUCCCAGGAAGACGUCGACCUCGGGGGGGUGCCCAUGGAGGAAGGGGGAGAGGACGUGCCCGGCUGAAGUCGACCACUUCCUCUGUGGAGACUCUGGUAGUCGCGGACAUUGAUAGUUCUCCCAGCAAGGAGGAAGAAGAGGAAGAUGAUGAUACCAUGCAGAAUACUGUGGUUCUCUUUUCCAACACUGACAAAUUUGUCUUGAUGCAGGAUAUGUGUGUAGUGUGUGGUAGCUUUGGUCGAGGGGCAGAGGGACACCUCUUGGCCUGCUCUCAGUGUUCACAGUGCUACCAUCCUUACUGUGUCAACAGCAAGAUUACUAAAGUGAUGCUACUGAAGGGCUGGAGAUGUGUGGAAUGCAUCGUGUGUGAGGUGUGUGGCCAGGCCUCUGACCCAUCUCGCCUUUUGCUCUGUGAUGACUGUGACAUCAGCUACCACACCUACUGUCUGGAUCCCCCUCUGCUCACAGUGCCCAAGGGUGGCUGGAAGUGCAAAUGGUGUGUGAGUUGCAUGCAGUGUGGGGCUGUUUCACCGGGCUUCCACUGUGAGUGGCAGAACAGUUACACCCACUGUGGGCCCUGUGCCAGCCUGGUGACCUGCCCAGCAUGUCGUGCUCCUUAUGUAGAAGAAGAUUUGUUAAUCCAGUGCCGUCAUUGUGAGCGGUGGAUGCAUGCUGGUUGUGAGAGCUUAUUCACUGAGGAAGAGGUAGAACAAGCAGCAGAUGAAGGCUUUGAUUGUGCCUCUUGUCAGCCCUAUGUGGUGAAGCCUGUGGUGCCCAUUGCGCCACCAGAGCUCGUGCCUGUGAAGGUGAAGGAGCCAGAGCCCCAGUACUUCCGCUUUGAGGGAGUGUGGCUGACAGAGACUGGCAUGGCUGUACUUCGAAAUCUGUCCAUGUCCCCCCUCCACAAGCGGCGUCAGAGGCGUGGGCGGCUUGGCCUCCUAGGUGAGGGUGGGCUAGAAGGGCCGGAGCCCUCAGACCCCGGUGGCCCCGACGACAAGAAAGAUGGGGACCUGGAAGCUGAGGAGUUGCUCAAGAGUGAAGGAGUUGGUGUGGAGCACAUGGAGUGUGAAAUCAAGCUGGAGGCCCCUGCCAGUCCUGAUGGGGAGCCUGGCAAGGAAGAAACUGAUGAGGGCAAAAAGCGCAAGCGAAAACCUUACAGGCCUGGCAUUGGGGGCUUCAUGGUUCGACAGCGCAAAUCUCAUGCCCGUCUGAAGAAAGGACCCGCUGUGUUGGUGGAAGUGUUGAGUGGGGAGGGCCAGCCUGAUGAGGUUGUGACAGUUGACCCACCUACAGAGGGUGCAGUGGAGCAGAGUACAGCAGAAGGUGAUGAGAAGAAGAAGCGUCGGGGUCGGAAAAAGAGCAAACUGGAGGACAUGUUUCCUGCUUAUCUGCAGGAAGCCUUCUUUGGGAAGGCACUGUUGGACCUUAGCCGAAAGGCAUUGCUGGUGGCUGGGGAUGGACGACCAGGCUUUGUGCCAGGCACUCUCAGGGGUAAGGGGGACCCAGGCCCUGAUAGAAAAGAGUCUUCUGCCUCACAGAAAGGGGAUGAUGGACCAGACAUUGCAGAUGAAGAGUCCAGAGGCCCUGAGGGCAGUUCAGAGACUCCAGGUGAGAAACAUUGGGGCCCUGAAGAGGGAGGCAUCAAGACAUCUCCUGUACCCAGUGACUCAGAGAAACCAGGAACCCCAGGCGAGGGAAUGCUCAGCUCUGACUUGGACAAGAUCCCCACAGAAGAGCUGCCCAAGAUGGAAUCAAAGGACCUUCAACAGCUAUUCAAGGAUGUCCUAGGCUCAGAGCGGGAGCAGCAGAUUGGCUGUGGGACUCCUAACUUGGAUGGGAGUCACACCCCAAUGCAGCAGAGGCCCUUCCUACAAGGUGGGCUUCCUUUGGGCAAUCUCCCUACCAGCAGCCCAAUGGACUCCUACCCAGGCCUUUGCCAGUCUCCUUUCCUUGAUAAUAGGGAGCGCGGGGGCUUCUUCAGCCCAGAGCCUGGUGAGCCUGACAGCCCCUGGACGGGCUCAGGGGGCACCACACCCUCCACACCCACCACCCCAACCACGGAGGGUGAAGGCGAUGGGCUCUCCUACAACCAGCGGAGCCUCCAGCGCUGGGAAAAGGAUGAGGAGCUGGGCCAGCUGUCUACAAUCUCGCCUGUGCUCUACGCCAAUAUUAAUUUUCCCAACCUCAAGCAGGAUUAUCCAGACUGGGCCAGUCGCUGCAAACAGAUCAUGAAGCUGUGGAGAAAAGUCCCAGCCACUGACAAAGCCCCCUACCUGCAAAAGGCCAAAGAUAACCGGGCGGCUCACCGCAUCAACAAGGUGCAGAAGCAGGCGGAAAGUCAGAUCAGUAAGCAGACCAAGGUGGGCGACAUAGCCCGCAAAACCGAUCGGCCCACCCUGCAUCUACGCAUUCCCCCUCAGCCAGGGAUGCUGGGCAGUCCCCCUCCAGCUUCUGCUCCGACUGUCUUCAUUGGCAGUCCCCCUACCCCAGCUGGCUUGUCUACCUCCUCGGAUGGGUUCCUGAAGCCACCAGCGGGCACAGUGCCUGGCCCUGACUCACCUGGUGAUCUCUUCCUCAAGCUCCCACCCCAGGUGCCCGCCCAAGUGCCUUUGCAGGACCCUUUUGGACUGGCCCCCAACUAUACUCUGGAGUCUCGCUUCCCCACAGCACCACCAGCCUACCCCCCCUAUCCUGGGUCAGCAGUGCCCCCUGCAAAGCCUCAGAUGCUGGGUGCUCCUCCUCGGCCUGGGGCUGGCCAGCCUGGAGAGUUCCAAUCCACCCCACCUGGCACCCCAAGGCACCAGCCUUCCACACCUGAUCCUUUUCUCAAACCCCGCUGCCCUUCACUAGACAACUUGGCAAUUCAAGAGAGUCCAGGGGUGGGUGGAGCCAAGGCAUCUGAGCAACUGAUGUCCCCUCCACCCUUUGGAGAGCCUCGGAAGACUCUAGAAGUAAAGAAGGAGGAGCUAGGAGCAGCCUCUCCUGGUUAUGGCCCCCCCAGCCUUGGUUUUGGAGACUCACCUUCCUCUGGGCCCCACUUAGGCAGCCUGGAGCUAAAGGCACCAGAUGUCUUCAAAGCCCCCCUGACCCCUCGGGCAUCUCAGGUAGAGCCUCAGAGCCCAGGCAUAGGUUUGAGACCCCAGGAUCCUCUCUCUGGCCAUGCUGUGGCCCCCUCACCCCCUAGCCAUGCAGACCUAUAUCGUCCGACUCCUCCUGGUUCUUAUCCUGAGACCUAUUCGCAGCCCCCACUGACACCCCGGCCUCAGCCUCCACCUCCUGAGAGUUGCUGUCCCCUGCCGCCUCGCUCCUUGCCUUCUGAUCCCUUCACUCGAGUACCUGCGAGCCCCCAGUCUCAGUCUAGCUCUCAGUCGCCCCUAACACCCCGUCCGUUGUCCACCGAAGCCUUCUGCCAGUCGCCAGUCACCCCUUGCUUCCAGUCACCUGACCCCUACUCUCGCCCACCCUCACGGCCCCAGUCCCGGGACCCUUUUGCCCCACUACAUAAGCCUCCUCGGUCCCAGCCCCCUGAAGUUGCCUUCAAGGCUGGGCCCCUGGCCCAUACUCCACUAGGAGUAGGGGGCUUUCCGGUAGCUCUGCCCUCUGGGCAACCUAAUGAGCAUCACACUAAGAGUUCUGGUGGGCAGCCUCCAUCUUUCGUUCGCUCUCCUGGGGCAAAUGUGUUUGUGGGCAAUCCUUCUGCCAUGCGCUUCACUUUCCCCCAGGCAGUGGGUGAGCCACCCUUGAAGCCCCCUGCCUCUCAGCCCAGUCACCCUCCACCCCAUGGGAUCAACAGCCAUUAUGGGCCAGGACCCACUGUGGGCAAGCCCCAAAGCACAAACUACACAACAGCCACAGGCAGUUUCCACCCAGGAGGCAGCCCCCUGGGGCCAGGCACUGGGCCACCAGGUGAGGGCUAUGGUCUGUCUCCGAUGCGCCCACCAUCGGUUUUACCACAACCAGCACCAGAUGGUCCUCUCGCUUACCUGCCCCAUGGUGCUUCACAGCGGGGGAGCAUCACUUCCCCAAUUGAUAAGCGAGAAGAUCCAGUGUCUGGGAUAGCCACCUCCCUGGUGGGUCCUGAGCUACAAGGUCCCCAGGACCCCAGCAUGGCCAAUCUGAGCCAGACAGAGUUGGAGAAGCAGCGGCAGCGUCAGCGUUUGAGAGAGCUAUUGAUCCGACAGCAGAUUCAACGUAAUACCCUUCGGCAAGAGAAGGAAACAGCAGCAGCCACGAGUGCUGUAGGGCCAGGAACCUGGGGCGCUGAGUCCAGCAACCCUGCUUUUGAGCAACUGAAUCGAGGCCCCACCUCCUACCCUGGGACACAGGACAAAAGUGGCCUUACAGGAUUGCCCCCUAACAAACUGAGUGGCUCAGUGCUGGGACCUAGCCCCUUCCCUGCAGAGGACAGACUCUCUCGGCCCCCACCACCUCCUACCCCUUCUUCUAUUGACAUGAAUGGCCGGCAACUGGUUGGGGGCACCCAAGCCUUCUUUCCACGUGGGCCUUUCCCUGGACCUCUGCCUCAACAGCAGCAGCAACUGUGGCAGCAGCAACAGCAGCAGGCCACUGUGGCUUCCAUGCGGCUUUCCAUGCCUACAAGGUUCCCUCAACCACCUGGACCUGAACUUGGCCGGACAAUCUUAGGCCCUCCUUUGAGUGGGCUUUCCAACCGGCUACCCGGACCAGGGGAGCCACUUCCUGGUCCAGCAGGUCCUGCUCAAUUCAUUGAGCUUCGUCACAACGUGCAGAAGGGUCCAGGGCCUGGCAGUGCCCCUUACCAUCUUCAGGGCCCUCCUCAGAGACCCCGAUUCUUCCCAGUGGCUGAGGACUCCCACCGUCUGGCUCCAGAGAGCCUUCGGCCCCUGGCGGUACCCGCCCUGCCCCCACAGAAGCCCUCAGUUCCUCCACCACCUGAGCUGAGUAACAGUCUCCACUCCCUUCCCCAUGCCAAGGGUCCCAACCUUCCUACUGGCUUGGAGCUGGUUGGUCGAUCUCCUUCUAGCACAGAGACAGCACGUCCACCCCUGGUCCUAGAAUCUGCAAAACUGCCCUGUGAGGACCCUGAGCUGGACGAUGACUUUGAUGCCCAUAAAGCACUUGAAGAUGAUGAGGAGCUGGCCCACCUGGGGAUCGGGGUGGAUGUGGCCAAGGGUGAUGAUGAGCUUGGCACCCUGGGAAACUUGGAGACCAAUGACCCCCAUCUGGAUGACUUGCUAAAUGGGGAUGAAUUUGAUCUCUUGGCCUACACAGACCCUGAGUUGGACACUGGUGACAAGAAGGACAUAUUUAAUGAACACUUGCGACUAGUAGAAUCUGCUAAUGAGAAGGCUGAACGCGAGGCACUUCUGCGGGGCACAGAACCUGGCUUAUCUGGCCUUGAGGAGCGCCCAGCCCCUACCGCUGAUGGCCCUGAUUCCCAUCUCAUGCCUGGGGCCAGUGAAGUCAAGCCUAAAUUAGAGGAGGGUGGACAUCAGGCCUCUCCUUGCCAGUUUACUGUGGCCACCCCCAAGGUGGACCCAGGGCCUCCUGGCACCCUGGGACUGGGGCUAAAGCCUGGACAGAACUUUUUGGGGCCACGGGAUAACAGGCUGAGCAUGGGUCCCUUCCCUAACAAUGUGCAUACAGCUGAGAAGAGUCCCUUUGGAAGCACAGCAGGUCCCCCAGCCCAGCUACUGACCCCAAACCCAUUGGGUGGCCCAGGAGGGGCAUCCUUGCUGGAGAAAUUUGACCUAGAGAGUGGGGCCCUGACCCUGCCUGGUGGGCCUCCACCAUCUGGAGAUGAGCUAGACAAGAUGGAGAGUUCCUUGGUAGCCAGUGAACUGCCUUUGCUCAUUGAGGACCUUCUGGAACAUGAGAAGAAAGAACUCCAAAAAAAACAACAGCUCUCUGCUCAGCUCCAGCAGCCACCUCCGCCGCCGCCCCCACCGCCACCACCCCCACCGCCCCCGCCACCGCCCCCGCCACCACCACCGCCACCACCACAGCAGCAGCAGCAGCAGCAGCAGCAGCACCCCUUGCUGGCCACCUCUGCCACUGCCCAGUCCAUGCCUCUGCCCCAAGAAGGUCCAUCCCCUGGCCUGGCUGUUACCCCACAACAGCUUGCACUAGGGCUUGGGGCCCGGCAGCCCAGCUUAGUGUCCACCCAGGCAAUGAUGAGCACUCAGCAACCAUCUCAUGCCCUGCAACAGCGCCUGGUCCCUCCCAUGGCCAUGGUGCCCAACCAAGGGCAUAUGCUCAGUGGAGGGCAGGCGAGCUUGGUGCCUCAGCAGAAUCCACAGCCAGUGCUGGCUCAGAAACCUAUGGGGGCAGUACCACCAUCGAUGUGCAUGAAGCCUCAGCAGCUGGCAAUGCAGCAGCAGCUGGCCAACAGCUUCUUCCCUGACACAGACUUGGACAAGUUUGCUGCGGAAGAUAUCAUUGAUCCCAUUGCCAAGGCUAAGAUGGUGGCCCUAAAGGGUAUCAAGAAAGUGAUGGCACAAGGCAGCAUUGGGGUGGCACCAGGCAUGAACAGGCAACAGGUGUCCCUCUUGGCCCAGCGGCUCUCAGGAACUCCUGGCAACACUGACCUACAGAAUCAUGUGGCAGCUGGGAGCGGGCAGGAACGGAGCAACAGUGACCCUUCCCAGCCUCGGCCUAAUCCACCCACUUUUGCCCAUGGUGUGAUCAAUGAAGCUGACCAGCGGCAGUAUGAGGAAUGGCUAUUUCACACCCAGCAACUGCUACAGAUGCAGCUCAAAGUGCUAGAGGAGCAGAUUGGAGUACACCGGAAGUCCCGAAAGGCCCUGUGCGCCAAACAGCGCACCGCUAAAAAGGCUGGCCGAGAAUUCCCAGAGGCUGAUGCGGAGAAGCUCAAGUUGGUCACUGAGCAGCAGAGCAAAAUCCAGAAGCAGCUAGACCAGGUUCGGAAACAGCAGAAGGAGCACACAAACCUCAUGGCAGAGUAUCGGAAUAAGCAGCAGCAGCAGCAGCAGCAGCAGCAGCAACAGCAACAGCAGCAGCAGCAGCAUUCUGCAGUGCUGGCCUUGAGCCCCUCUCAGAGCCCUAGGCUACUGGCUAAGCUCCCUGGCCAGCUGCUCCCAGGCCAUGGGUUGCAGCCUCCACAGGGGCCCCUGGGUGGCCAGGCAGGCAGCCUUCGCCUGCCCCCUGGAGGGGUUACACUUACCGGCCAGCCCAGUAGCCCCUUCCUCAAUCCAGCCCUGGGCCAGCAGCAGCAACAGCAGCAGCAACACCAAGCUGGGGCAGGGACUCUAGCAGGCCCCUCAGCUGGCUUCUUCCCUGGGAAUCUUGCUCUCCGAGGCCUAGGUGCUGAUGCAAGGCUCUUACAGGAGCGGCAACUCCAGCUGCAACAGCAGAGAAUGCAGCUGUCUCAGAAGUUACAACAGCAGCAACAGCAACAGCACCUUUUGGGACAGGUAGCUCUACAGCAGCAGCAGCAGCAGCAGCAGCAGCAGCAGCAGCAGCAAGGCCUGGGACCAAAACCCCAGGGACUCCUGCCUCCUGGCAGUCAUCAGGGCCUUUUGGUCCAGCAGCUGUCCCCCCAGCCAACCCCAGGGCCCCAAGGCAUGCUGGGCCCUGCCCAGGUAGCAGUACUGCAACAACAGCAGCAGCAGGUACACCCUGGGGGGCUGGGUCCCCAAGGUCCCCAUAGACAAGUACUCCUUGCCCAACCCCGAAUGCUGGGGUCUCCUCAACUGGCCCAGCAAGCACAAGGCCUAAUGGCCCACCGACUUGUUAUGGCCCAGCAACAACAACAGCAGCAGCAGCAGCAGCAGCAGCAACAACAGCAGCAGCAGCAGCAACAGCAGCAGCAGCAGCAGCAGCAGCAGCAGCAGCAACAAACCCUGGCUGGUCUCUCCCAUCUCCAACAAGGAUUGAUGCCUCCUAGUGGGCAACCCAAGUUAGGCACCCAGUCUAUGGGAACACAGCAGCAGCAGCAGCAGCUGGGGCUCCUGAACCAGAGUCGAACUUUAUUGCCUCCCCAGCAGCAACAACAGCAACAAUUGCUGCCAUCUCCAUCCAGCUCUCUUACCCAGCAGCAGCAGCAGCAGCAGCAGCAGCAGCAGCAGCAGCAGGUGGCCCUGGGUCCUGGCUUGCCUGCCAAACCCCUCCAGCACUUUCCCAGCCAUGGAGCCUUAGGCCCAACCCUUUUGCUGAGCAAGGGGUUGCCCUCAGGCCUACCAGGCAAGGAGCAAGCUGGGGCAGAGACAGUGCUAGUACCUGAGGGCACUGAAGCCCCCUCAGUGCACCUAGGAGGACCGUUGGCAUUGGGUGCCCCAACAGAAACCCUGCCCCCAGAGCCAGUGGAGGUGAAGCCCUCUAUCCCUGGGGACUCUCACCUCCUCCUCUCCCAACCCCAGCCUCAUACUCAGCUUCAGCCCCAGCCUCAGCUCCAGCCCCAGCCCCAGCCCCAGCCCCAGCCCCAGCCCCAGCCCCAGCUCCAGCCCCAACCCCAGCCUCAGCUCCAGCCCCAGCCCCAGCCUCAGCCCCAGCCCCAGCCCCCUCAGAUGAACUCCCUGCAGUUACAGGCACCUCUGAGACUCCCAGGGCAGCAACAGCAGCAGCAACAGCAAGUCAGCUUACUCCAUCCAGCAGGCAUUACAAGUCAUGGGCAAAUGACUGGUGGGCAACCCCCAGAAGUUACUUCCAUGUCCCACCUGCUGAGUCAGCCCCUUAGUUCUGUAGGGGAGCGGGCGUCUGGGCUGGAUCGACCCUUGAAAGGGAGCCCAAGGCCACAGCCUCCCAAGCCAAGCCCUCUACCCCACCCUGGGCAGGGCCUAUCUGGGCAUUCAGGAAUGCCCACAGUGGGGCAGCUUCGGGCCCAGCUUCAGGGUGUCCUGGCUAAGAACCCACAGCUUCGGCACCUGAGCCCUCAACAGCAACAGCAGCUGCAGGCCCUUCUCAUGCAGAGGCAACUGCAGCAAGGCCAGGUGCUAAGACAAACAGUGCCCUAUCUGGAACCUGGGACCCAGUCUUCUUCCUUGCAAGGCCUCCUAGGUCGGCAGCCCCAACCUGGGGGCUUCCUAGGAGCUCAAUCAGGGUCUCUCCAGGAGCUAGGGGCAGUGCCCCGACCUCAGGGCCCUUCCCGACUCUCCACCUCACAAGGAGCCAUAUCUUCAGGAUCAACCCUUGGCUUUGCACAGCCCCCUCCUUUGCCAUCCAGCCCUCAAGAGCCAAAGAGACCUUCCCCCCAAUUGCUGCCCCCUAGCCCUCAGCUUUCUGCUGAGGUUCAGCUCACUCCUACCCAGAUCGAGAACCCAAAGCCCCAAGAAUCCUCCUUGGAGUUAUCUUCAGGGGACAUUCCACCCCCCUCAUCCGCUGCCUCUCAGCUUCCAGAUACUUUCUUUGCCAAGGGACCGGGACCUUGGGAAACCCCGGACAACCUGGCUGAGGCCCAUAAGACUGAGCAGAACAACAUGGGACAUGGAGAGGUGCAGCAGGUGAAUGGGCAGGAAAUGCCAGAGCCACCCUGCCUCAUGAUUAAGCAGGAGCCUCGAGAGGAGCCUUGUGCCAUGGGGGCCCAGUUGAUAAAACGGGAGACUAAUGGGGAAUCUAUGGGCACACCAGGCACCAGCAACCACCUCUUACUGGCAAGCAGCCGCUCAGAGGCUGGGCACCUGCUCUUGCAGAAGCUGCUUCGGGCAAAGAAUGUACAGCUUGGCACAGGGCAUGGACCCGAGGGGCUCCGAGCAGAGAUCAAUGGGCACAUUGACAGCAAGCUGGCUGGUUUGGAGCAAAAGCUUCAGGGCACUCCAGUUAGCAAGGAGGAUGCUGCAGCCAAGAAACCACUGACCCCCAAACCUAAGAGGGUACAGAAGGCAGGUGACAGGAUAGCAAGCUCCCGAAAGAAGCUCCGGAAGGAAGAUGGGGUGAAAGCCAAUGAGGCCCUGUUGAAACAACUAAAGCAGGAACUGUCCUUGCUGCCACUUUCAGAACCCAACAUCACCAACAACUUCAGCCUUUUUGCCCCCUUUGGCAGUGGCUGCCUCAUCAAUGGACGGAACCAGCUGAGGGGGGCAUUUGGGAGUGGGGCACUACCCACUGGCCCUGACUACUAUUCCCAGCUUCUUACAAAGAAUAACCUGAGUAACCCACCUACGCCACCUUCCUCACUGCCACCUACCCCACCCCCAUCAGUACAGCAGAAAUUGGUGAAUGGGGUCACUCCUUCUGAAGACCUAGGGGAGCAACAAAAAGAUGCAGCCCCUGCCCGAGAAUCUGAUGGGGGAGCAAGGGAAGCCCCUGAAGUGAAGAGUUUGGACCUGCUGGCAGCACUUCCCACACCUCCUCACAACCAGACUGAGGAUGUCAGGAUGGAGAGUGAUGAGGAGAGUGACUCCCCUGACAGCAUCGUUCCAGCUUCUUCACCUGAGAGUAUUCUAGGGGAGGAGGCACCUAGAUUUCCCCAACUGGUAUCAGGCCAGCAGGAACAAGAGGAUAGGGCCCUCUCCCCAGUCAUUCCCAUCAUCCCCCGGGCCAGCAUCCCAGUCUUCCCAGAUGCCAAGCCCUAUGGGACUCUGGAAGUAGAACCAACAGGAAAGCUUUCUGCCACCACCUGGGAAAAGGGCAAAGGGAGUGAGGUGUCCGUCAUGCUGACUGUCUCUGCUGCAGCGGCCAAGAAUCUGAAUGGGGUCAUGGUGGCUGUGGCAGAGCUGUUGAGCAUGAAGAUCCCCAGUUCCUACGAGGUGCUGUUCCCAGAGAGCCCUGCCCGCUCAGCGGGUGCUGAGCCCAAGAAGGGGGAAGUGGAAGGGCCUGGUGGUAAAGAAAAAAGCCUUGGGGGAAAGCCCACAGAGGGUGGCAGUGACUGGCUGAAACAGUUUGAUGCAGUGCUGCCAGGCUACACCCUCAAGAGCCAGCUGGACAUCUUGAGCCUUCUCAAGCAGGAAAGUCCUGUCCCAGAGCUGCCCACCCAGCACUGCUACAUCCACAACGUCUCCAACCUGGAUGUCCGUCAGCUCUCUGCCCCACCCCCUGAAGAGCCUUCCCCUCCCCCUUCACCCUCAGCUCCUUCCCCCACCAGCCCCCCAGCUGAACCCUCAGCCCCAUCACCUCCACCCCUGGUUCCCUCACCCCCGAUGCCUGAGGCGGCUCGCCCCAAGCCGAGAGCACGGCCCCCUGAAGAAGGUGAGGAUUCUCGACCUCCCCGGCUAAAGAAAUGGAAAGGGCUUCGCUGGAAACGGUUACGCCUACUGCUGACGAUCCAGAAGGGCAGUGGGCGACGAGAGGGUGAACGGGAGGUAGCUGAAUUCAUGGAACAAUUGGGCACAGCCCUCCGACCUGAUAAAGUGCCCCGUGACCUUCGGCGCUGCUGCUUCUGCCAUGAAGAGGGUGACGGUGCUACCGAUGGGCCUGCCCGGCUCCUCAACCUGGAUCUAGACCUGUGGGUUCAUCUCAACUGUGCCCUGUGGUCCACAGAGGUCUAUGAAACUCAGGGGGGAGCACUGAUGAAUGUCGAGGGGGCCCUGCACCGGGGGCUUCUGACCAAGUGUUCGCUGUGCCAGCGUACAGGAGCCACCAACAGCUGUAACAGACUGCGCUGUCCCAGUGUCUACCAUUUUGCCUGUGCCAUCCGGGCCAAGUGCAUGUUCUUCAAGGAUAAGACAAUGCUAUGCCCCCUGCACAAGCUGAAGGGGCCCUGUGAGCAGGAGCUGAGCUCUUUUGCUGUCUUUCGCCGUGUCUACAUUGAGCGGGAUGAGGUAAAGCAGAUUGCCAGCAUCAUCCAACGCGGUGAGCGGCUCCACAUGUUCCGGGUAGGGGGUCUGGUGUUCCAUGCCAUCGGGCAGCUUCUGCCCCACCAGAUGGCCGACUUCCAUAGUGCUACAGCCCUCUACCCUGUUGGCUAUGAGGCCACUCGCAUCUACUGGAGCUUACGCACCAACAACCGCCGAUGCUGUUAUCGCUGCUCCAUCAUUGAGAACAAUGGGCGGCCUGAGUUCAUCAUCAAGGUCAUGGAACAGGGCUUGGAGGACCUGGUCUUCACUGACGCAUCCCCUCAGGCUGUGUGGAACCGUAUCAUUGAGCCAGUGGCUGCCAUGCGCAAGGAAGCCGACAUGCUUCGGUUAUUCCCGGAGUAUCUUAAGGGAGAGGAGCUCUUUGGGUUGACAGUACAUGCUGUCCUACGGAUUGCAGAAUCGCUGCCUGGGGUGGAAAGCUGUCACAACUACUUGUUUCGAUAUGGACGGCACCCACUGAUGGAAUUGCCACUUAUGAUCAACCCUACUGGCUGUGCCCGCUCUGAGCCCAAAAUUCUCACUCACUACAAACGGCCUCACACCCUCAACAGCACCAGCAUGUCCAAGGCUUACCAGAGCACCUUCACAGGUGAGACCAACACCCCGUACAGCAAACAGUUUGUGCACUCCAAGUCAUCCCAGUAUCGGCGGCUGCGCACUGAGUGGAAGAACAACGUCUACCUGGCUCGAUCUCGAAUUCAGGGCCUGGGGCUGUAUGCUGCCAAGGACCUGGAGAAGCACACAAUGGUCAUCGAGUACAUUGGCACCAUCAUCCGCAAUGAGGUGGCCAAUCGUCGUGAGAAGAUCUAUGAGGAGCAGAAUCGAGGUAUCUAUAUGUUUCGGAUAAACAAUGAGCAUGUGAUUGAUGCCACACUGACUGGAGGGCCUGCCAGGUACAUAAACCAUUCCUGUGCCCCCAACUGUGUGGCAGAGGUUGUAACCUUUGAUAAAGAGGAUAAGAUUAUUAUCAUCUCUAGCCGGCGCAUCCCCAAAGGAGAGGAGCUGACCUAUGACUAUCAGUUUGACUUUGAGGAUGAUCAGCACAAAAUCCCCUGCCAUUGUGGAGCCUGGAACUGCCGGAAGUGGAUGAACUAAGCUCAGAAGCAACUGGGCGGGGGAAGCCCUCCAAAGCCCUUCCCAAAAGGGUUGAAGGGGAAGAGAGCCAGGACCCAGGGUUGGAGUUGCUGGCUGACCAGAGCCCCAGGAGCAGGCUGGGGCUCAAGGCCCCGGGGCAGUGCCCAUUUUGGGCACCAGGGAUAACUUCCCUCCCCCACCACAGGCCCCAGGCUGGCAUAUCUGCCCCCAGCUCCAGGAGCCGACAGACAGAAACAGCCAUUGGGCAUCUCAG